AUGACUCUGAAUCGCACCAAGCGAAGCGACGAUCAAGCGCUCGAGACAAUCUGGACGAAGAGUAAAAGGGCAGUGACGAAGGUAACGAGGAUGCUACACCUCAAGUCUUUUGGCGAGCGAGUGCCAAUGCAGUCGAAGUGUGAAGCAAUCUGUGCUGAGUUGGACUCGAUAAAACUUCGUGGGGUGUUUCGAGCGACCAAACUGCUAGUUGAACAGCAUACCAUUGGCACCAAGUGGGUAUUCAAGAUCAAGCGGAAAGCUGAUGGAGCCAUCGAGAAAUACAAGGCGCGUCUCGUGGCAAAAGGGUUCAAGCAGCAAUAUGGCAUCGACUACACGGAAACGUUUUCGCCGGUAGUCAAGUACGUGACGCUGCGCAUGGUAGUUGCAAUCACGAAGUACUUUGACUGGACACUGGACCAACUGGACGUGGUGACAGCUUUCCUUUACGGAGAAAUGAAGGAAAAGGUAUUCUGCGCGAUCCCAGAAGGAGUCGAAGUUGAUGAAGACUUUGACUGCUUCGAAUUGGUGAAGGCGAUCUACGGACUAAAACAAGCAUCGCGCGUAUGGAACGAGACUUUCUAUGAGUUCGUCUGCUCCAGUGGAUUUCAAGUCUCCGAUUUUGACCCGUGUCUUUAUCUAAAGAUUACAAGUGGCGAGUGCGUGCUUUUGCUGGUAUACGUGUUGACGGUCAUCGGUUUCCACCAGUAUUGGUAA